AUGGACCGGCGCAACACGGCCAGGGAAGCUCUCCGCGACUCCGUCAAGUGCUGGUCCGACUUUGUCGCCAAAUGCCUGACGAAGCGCCUCGAUGCCGGCCCCUUUGAGGACUACGUCAAGCUCGUCUUCGCCAAGCACCCGCUGACCCCCGAGGUCAUCGCCGACUUCCUGCUGCAGCCGCAGGCGGCCAAUUGCGUCAGCCCCGACCCGCGAAUCCCGCCGUACGUCUCCGUGCUCACCCACCUGCGGUACGUCGACGCCGUGUCCAUCCUUCGGUCGCUGUAUAGAUACUCGUCGCUGCACGCGCAAACGCCGCUGCAGGCGCAAGAACAAGAACAAGGCCAAGGCCAAGGCCAAGGCCAACAACAAGAACAAGAACAGAAACAGCUUCAAGAACGAGAGCAGGAGCAAGAGCAAGGCCAAGAGCGAGAACGAGAAGAACGAGAAAAUGCACCAGCGAAAGAGCAGGAGCACGAGAAGGCAUUGCUGAGCGACGCCAAGCACGACGCCCAGCACGAUGCCCUACGGCCAUCCCGAACUCGGUGGAAGAGCUCGUCCUGGCUCGAAGAGGUCAUGUUCUAUCACGUCAUACGGCUGGUAGUCGAAGGCACUGCGUUCAAGGAUUCGCGCACGGCUCUCGAGCUUAUCCAUGUUACCUCCAAAUGGAUGUCUCUGUUUGCCGCCGCAUCCAAUUCCAUGGCUGCCGAAGUGCUCAGUGGCACCUUGCAGGAUCCCCAAGUCCGCCAUGAUAUGGAGGUCUCGAGGGCUGCUUUUGUCCCUCUGCUGCUUCGGCUAGUCGAUAACCCGGCUCUUGUCAAGGUCAUUAGCCACCCGUCUGCUAAAGCGCCGCGGAAAGAAUUCUCGGACAGCCUCACAUCUUUUGUGCAUGUUUUUCAGCCUGUCCCACCGUUCGUGGAGAAGCUCGAAAUGUUCCGAACAGAAGUCCUAGCCCCAUUGGACCCGGUGGAUAAGAACAGCCAAGCUGCCAAUGCCAUGGAUGAACUCCUGGACUCUACCGUGGGCUUGGAUAACCUGAUGAUCCCUGAUAUGCCGAUAACCAACACACGGGCAGGCUUAUACGUUUACCUUGGCGCUUCUCUUGUCGGCCGGCCACUCAUAGACGACCAUGCGUUUUUCUCAUAUCUGAACAACAGAUACCAGGGAAACAACCAGCAGAGCGCGAUUGACUUGAUUCUGGCGUCUUUCGACUUGCUUGCAAAUGCCGUCUUCAGGAAUGAAGGACCCAGAGAUGCCCACCUGCUACGGUCUUUUUUGACAAACAAGGUGCCUUUGAUACUCGGUCAACUGUGCCCCCCCGGCUUUUCCACGCCAUCGGCCGAGUUUUGUAUCACCCAGGCUCUCUCUCAAGUUGAUACAAGCGUUUUCCCUACCGCGUCACUCAUGUUUGAUGAAUCAAGGAAUAAUAACCCCUACACAGAGAGUGUUAGGGAAGAAUUCUGUUCCGCUUGUGCUCUCCACGGGCUGAUAGAGCGUGAACACGUGGAGCGGAUUCUGGGAGAGAGCUCCAUGUCAUAUGAACCUUCUCAGGAGAAAUAUUCCAAGGAGAAGUUGGUUCAGAACUGUCUCUCUGACCCAGACAAGAUCCAAGCCCUUGUUCGUGACAUGGACAAGAUGGACGGCAAUGUCGGGGCAGUAUGCCAGGCGCUUGUAGAGUUACUGCGACAACUCUGUAAUAGCAAGGAAACAAUGUCCUUGAAGAUUCUCUGUAACCAGCUGGUCCAGAAGCCACAGUCUCUCGACGUUUUGCUUUUGUUCGAGAAGCUGCCGACUAUCUUGGAUCCCAUAUGCCAGCUUUUGGACGGCUGGCGGUACGAGGAGGAUCAGGGGGAGUACCAGCCUGUCUAUGAGGAAUUUGGCGCCAUCCUGCUGCUGGUGCUGGCCUUUGCGUACCGAUACAGCCUAUAUCCAGCCGACAUUGGUAUUCUGGCGACAGACUCGAGCGUUGCCAAGAUCAUCGGCCGAGCUCAUAUCAGCCGUGGGCUGGACCGGCUGUCGGAGCAGGAACACGGACAUCUUGGCGGAUGGAUCCAUGGACUCUUUGACAGCGACGCAGGGGGGCUGGGGGAUGACUUGAUGUCGUCUUGCCCACCUGCAGAAUUCUAUCUCCUCAUUGCGACGCUGUUUGAAAACAUUGUAAUGGCAUAUACCCAGGGCUCCCUAACCGACGAUUCCCUCAAGUCGGGCGUUGAGUACCUGGUUGAUACCUUCUUGCUGCCGUCGCUCAUUCCCGCGAUUCGGUUCUUGUCCGAUUACCUAUGGGUCGAGCAGAGGGAGCAGAAAUCCAUCAUCAAAAUCCUGCAGCUCAUCCUGCUGCCUACGUCCAUUUCUGGCGAGGCCAGUACCAUGCUUGCCUCGGUGAAGGGGAUUGUCGCGAAGCCGCUGGAGCACUCCCUGCGAGCAUACCAGCGACAAGACCCAAAGAACCAGGACAUUGAGCCGCUGCUGAGGGCUCUGAAGGAUAGCUUGCCCCAUUCCAGGCGGACGGGAGCUGCCGAGCAUCAAGAGCUGGAGAUGUGGACUGCCAGCUCCAGCAGUGGUCUUGCCGGGGCUGCCAAGCAUCUGAUACAGAAUCUGGUGCAAUGGGGCAUGCAUCCAGAGAUGACGGCGAUGCCAACCUCGUACACGCAUCGGCAGAUGAUCGCAACGCUCAAGAUUGUGGGCGCAAGCAGGCUGCUACGUGUCAUGUUAGAGGAGAUCCGCCAGCAGACUCUGGCGGGCAGCGGGAGCAUCGCCUACGACGUAGUGACGGCGCUGGUUUGUGCGCCGAACGUGAGCAAUGAGCUCCCGCUGACGAGUGGCCUGCUGGACGAAACGGGAAGCCUGCCUCCGCCGCUGCAGCGACGUCUCACUCUUCGAGAAGUCCUCAAGAUGGAGGCUGAGAACUACAGGAAACUGCACAAGAAGGAUCCCGAGCUGGCAGAGAUCACGGUCCGGCUCUAUAGGAGAGUCGAGGCACAGUUGGUCCUGCCGCCACCGCCGACGAUGCUGCAGGCAGCCGAUAUGCAGCUCGAUCUGGCCGGCGACGCGACAGGCCUGGGGGAUCCCAUGGCCGCGGCCGCCGGAGUCCAGGGAGACGGCACGAUGGCGAUUGACGGCGUGGGCAACCUGGACAUGAGCAUCGGUGGCGUCUCGGCCGAUAUGGGCCUGGGAGCGUCUGGCAACAGCGGUGGGCUGGAUGCGUCGGCAGAGGCGGAUCUGUUUGGCGGCUUGGACACGGACAUGGAUGUGUUUGACGGAUGGAGCGGCAUGGAUCUCAGCAGGCCAUGA